UUGGUAACCCUACGUUACUAAGUUUACUCAAGGAAAGUUUAUAAUUUAUAAUGUUUUAUUGCAUGUCAACAAACUUUGUUGAGAUUAAAAUACAUGUGCGAAAUAUGCAUUAUACAUAAUCGAAAUAUAAUUAUCUUUGUCACUAACUUUUUUUAUAUAUGCGAUUUGACAACAAUUACUUAAAUUUGAAAUGUAUCCAGAAUCGCCUUUUCUAAAUACACUUGUUGAAUCACAAAUAUUGAAAGAAAAUAGCUGUUUGUUAAAUGAAUUAUUACCAUGGCUUUGUGAAGCUCCAACUGUUACAACAUAUCGGGUAAACUUAUUAAAAACCACUGUUGAAUCAUUUACAAAUAUAGUACAGCAAAAAUUAAAAGAGAAAUAUACUGAAGAGCCAAAAGUAUUCCAAAUUCCAGAACUACCAGAAAUGGUUUGCAUUAGUAAAGUAGAAGAACCCAUACAUGAAGAUAUUGAAAGAAAAGAAGUUAUAGUUGAUACAUCAUGUGCCUCAGCUGUCUUGCGUGGCGCACACAUAUAUGCGCCUGGUGUACUUGCAAUGGAGUCCGGCACCAAAGUGCAGGAAGAAGUUAGUGUUUACGCUGAUUUAACAGGCGUAUGUAAAAGAGGCACAAGUAUUCGUUUAAAUAUGCCACACAAAUUAUUUAUUGGAAUUGGCGUGACACGCAUGCAACGCUAUCAAUUGUACAAUCAAAAUGCAGCGAUGGAAGGUAUAGCGAUUGAGAUGAAAUCUACGAUUUCAGGAGUGCCCACAAUAGGAAAUUUAAGCUCUGAAUUAGCUUUAUUGCAAAAUCUACCUUCAAUUGUAUGUGUACGAGUUUUGGAUCCACAACCAGAUGAAGUUAUAUUAGAUAUGUGUGCAGCACCAGGUAAUAAAACAACUCAUAUCGUUGAAAUGAUGAAAGAUACAGGAAUAGUUGUGGCUCUUGAUAAAACUAUUGAUAAGAUUAGGCACAUUGAUGAUAAAAUUAAGACAAACAAUAUACAAAGUGUGCGUACUUUUGCUUUUGAUGCCACAAAAUCAUUUAAUGAUAAGCAAGAAACUACAUCGAGAGAGCUUUUAAUACCACCAUUCGCGGCGAACACUUUUGAUCGUAUCUUGCUUGAUGGCCCGUGCAGUUCGCUUGGUAAUCGUCCAACUUUAGCAAGCAAAUUAACCACAAGAAUGUUAGCAUCUUAUCCAAAUAUACAACGUAAACUUUUUGAGAAUGCCGUGCCGUUACUAAAGCCGAAUGGUGUAUUGGUAUACAGCACCUGUACAAUAACCGAGGACGAAAAUGAGUGUAUAGUUGCUUGGGCUUUGAAGAAAUUUCCACAGUUAAGAUUGGUUGAUGCUGUUCCUCGUUUUGGCGGUUUUGGUUUACCUAACUUGGGUUUAACUGAACAACAAUGCUCGUGUGUACAGCGAUUUGGACAUACCAACAUUUCUAGCAAAAAUGCAGAUACAAUAGGUUUUUUCAUAGCAAAGUUCGUAAAGAAUAAUUAAAUUAAGUAAUAAUAUUAAGGCAUAAAAAUAAUUUGUUAAGUUUUUAUUUAUAUCAAAAAAUUAAUUUUGAUAAUAUAUAAUAAUGGAACUAAAUGAAAUCUUAUAAAUAAAAGUAUAUCCAAAUUAUGGAUAAAAUGAUUUAUCUUAACACUAAAUGGAAUCGAUAUAAAUAUACAAACCAUUGGAUACAAUGAAAA